CUAAAAUUAAAAUUUGAUAUAAUCCAAAACCAUUCCUCUCUCCAUUUCCAUUCCUUCUCACUGCCAACACCCAUUUCUUCUUUCUUUUUUCCAUUUUGUUUUCUGCAUUAAACUUAGUGUAAAAGAACAAAACUGUAAACCAAAAUGGACAAAGCCUCCAAGUGGUUCCGCAGUAUCCUCGGUCUCAAAAGAAGAGAUUCCCACAAACAACCACCUUCUUCCAAACGUCGUUGGAGUUUCGUUAAAUCCUACCGCGAGAAGGACUCCUCCGCCGUCUCUACUGCCACGUCGUCGCUUCGCGGUCUUCAGCAACCACUCGAAGAUUCUGUUUCUGUUGUUGACGCGAAUAGUGGGUAUGAUGCAGUGGAUGAUAAUAAUGACCACGCCAUUGCUGUGGCUGCCGCCACUGCCGCGGUUGCCGAAGCAGCCGUUGCGGCUGCUCAAGCUGCCGCUGUGGUGGUUGAGCUCACCGGAAGCAAUGGUAGGUGCGCCCGUGAUCCAGUGGCUCACAUUAGCAACAGCUACGGGGCAGGCGAGGAAUUAGCUGCGGUCAAGAUACAAUCUACAUUUCGUGGAUACCUGGCAAGAAGGGCUUUGAGAGCACUAAAAGGAUUGGUGAAGCUUCAGGCAUUGGUUAGAGGCCAUAUUGAAAGGAAGAAAACUGCAGAAUGGUUAAGACGGAUGCAAGCAUUCUUGCAAACACAACCACGUGCCGGGCAGACCCAAAUUUCUGAAUCUUCACGAGUAAGCAGUAAAUCUUCUCACUACCUCCAUCCAGGUCCACCAACCCCUGAAAAUUUUGAACAUGCUGUUCAACUGAAGAGUACAAAAUCUGAACAAUCAUCAAUGCUGAAGAGAAAUGGCUCAAGGUUGAGUGGAAGGACUUGUGAUAAUUAUGAGCAAAUACACCCAGGUUGGUAUACGUCCGACCACUGGAUUGAUGUUCGAUCAUGGGAUCAACGAGGGCAUUCGACAAGAAUUGGUCAUAUGGUUGAUGAAAAGAAUGACAAAAUUCUUGAGGUUGAUAUUGGGAAACCCCGUUUCACCUCCAAACUCCGAAACUUGUUUCGCUCUACACACCUUGCAUUGAAUUCUGAUCUAUAUAGUUGUAGCUUCACAAAUUCUAGAGACUCGCAUCAAACUGCUCCUACUCCUUUGUUUGAAGCUCAGUCUUUAAAUCCAUUGACGUUCCCUCAUGAGGUCGAGGAAAGUCCUUUCUGUACUGUUGAUAAUAGUCCAAAUUUCCAUUCGGCAUCAUCGAAAGGGGGAAGUUCUAUGAGAAGCCCCUUUACUCCUGCCAAGAGUGAUGGGUCAAGAAGCUAUUUAAGCGGUUACUCAGACCACCCAAAUUACAUGGCUUUCACUGAAUCUUCAAGGGCUAAGGUAAGGUCUCUGAGUGCUCCAAAACAAAGACCCCAGCAUGAUAGAUCCAUUUCGACAAAAAGGUAUUCCAUUCAGGGCUUCAGAGAAUUGAAAUCAAGAACACUGAAGUCUGCCUUGCACGCAAACUUUGCAAACAAGGCUUAUCCAGGUUCAGGUUGUUUGGACAGGCUAGGAAUGCCUGUUGGAUAUAGAUAUUACUAAAUAAGGGUUUGCUGUGUUCCCUUUUGCUUUAUGUUCAUGUUUUCAUGCGUAGGUAGGACUUAUGUUGAUGACUCUUGACCUAACUCUUUGUGUUAUGGUGCAUGUGACUUCCAAUCAAGUUCCAAAGAUCAUGUAUUCAAAACGUGCUUUACAAGGAGACGAGUAACCUUAUGAAAAAUAAAGAUGAAAUAGGGUUUAGUCAUAA